AUGAAGCCGCCAUUUAUCGAACACAUUGACCGAUUAAAAGAGGAAUAUAAUGUUAUGAGCCAUCAAUUGAAUCAACAAAGGGUUAGUUUUAAUUAAUUAUCAUCAAUUUUUAAUGAGAAACCUUUAAAAUACUUUUUUUGCAGAGUGAAAUGGAGAAAUUAACGAACGACAAAGAACAAAUGCAUCGAACAUAUUUGGCGUAUUGCGAAAUGUCGAAUUCGUUGCAAGGCGAAAUGCGAAAACAAGAGGAAUUGUGUAAACGAUGGACUGCGUUGAUUCAAGCAUUCACGCCGUAUUUGACACAAGAAAAUCAGACGGCUGCAUUGUCUUCGUUGGAAAGAGCUAAAUUGGUGAGAAUUUUGGGGGAGAAGCUGUGAGCAGGACAGAACAGCUCUGUUAAAUUUUUGAAUUUUAUGGAAUUCAUUCUAAAUCUUAAAUUGAACCUGAAAAAUUUACAUUUAUGAAAUGAAAGCAAGACUAUGGCGGGUCAAAGUUUGAUAAUCCCUAAAAGUUUCUUAUUUCAGAUCUCACCACAAGAAAUAGCACAAGCUAUGAGUAAUGGUUCAAACGGUUCAUCAUCCGCAAUGCCGCCUGGAAUACCAUCAACAUCAAUGAUGGGAAUGUUUCCCGGUUUAGCUGCAGCGGCUGCAAUGGGACAAGGUGGUCCAACUGCAGCUGCUUAUAUGAUGGCUCUUUCACAUCAACAACAACAAGCACACGCUGCAGCCGCUGCACAUCAACAACAGCAAAUGGCAUCAGCGACAAAUAAUGGGAAUGGUGAAAAUGGAUCGGCUAGUUCAUCAAACGGACAAAAUGAUGCGAAGAGGAUAAAAAUUGAAGAGGAAAAUGAGGGAGAAUUGGAAAUUGAUGUGCUACAAGAUGAUAAUACGACAAGCAACACGGCGGCUGCAUCGAAUUCGGCUGGCGCCAAAAAUGGUCGAGAAAGUACGAAUAGUGUUACCUCGUCGGGCACUUCAACUCCUAGUUUAUCAUCAUCGAAAAGAGCAGCAGCCGCACCAAAUCCAUUGGAACAAAUGAACUUUUUGUCAGCUUUUCGUGAGUUUUUUUGGGUUGGUGUUAGAUGGGAGAACAUUAUACUGAUCUGAAAUUGUUUACCUUUUCAUAAUUACCUGAUAACAAUUUUUGGAAGUUUUGAAAUAGUAUCUUUUGAAACCGUAAAUUUAGGUCAUUUUAAUCUAUUAGAAAACGGAGAUCUAGAUUUUGAUUACUGUAGGUUGUAGGUACGGUAUGUCCCUUUAAUCCUAGAUCAAAAAAGUUCACCUCAUCUGGGACCGUUAUAUUUUUUUUUCUCACAAAACAAUAUUUAAUUUCAGCUCCUGGUGCUAUGAAUAUGUCUGGUUUUGGUGCAGCAGCUGGUCGAAAUGCAAUGGCUCUAUUGAAUGAUCCACACGCGCAGGCACGAAUCGCAGCCGCUUUCGGUGGAAAUGCGGCAGCCGGUGGAAAACCAUCGUAUUCAUUCCGAAUCGGUGAAAGUGGACAAGUUCAACCGACUGUUUUCCCAGCUGAUUCGCAAGUUGGACAGGGAAUUCCAAAGUGAGUUUUUUCUUCUUUAUUAUGUUGUAAAAGUCAAUUUCAUUCAAAAUUAGAAGUUUUUGAAAAAAUUCUGUGAUAUAUGUAUUUUUUACAAUGAAAUUCAUGUUAUUUUUCCAAUUUUCUUUCGGAAAAAUCUCGAUUUGGAACCGUAAAAACUGUUGUACUUACAAAAAUUCGUCUAUUCUAACUAAUGUAAUCUAAUUUUGUUGCAGAGGAAUGAAUCGAAAAAUGGAACUUCCACACGGCGAAGUUGUCUGUGCAGUCACAAUUGCUCGAGAUAAUUCGCGAGUUUACACUGGUGGAAAAGGAUGUGUUAAAAUCUGGGAUAUUCGAGAAUCCGAUUUGGCUGCUCAACCAAGUGGUGGAACUCCAAUAACGCGAGCACCAGUUUCAACUCUCGAAUGCCUAAAAGACAAUUAUAUUCGAUCAUGUAAACUAUUCGAAGAUGGUUGCACACUUUUGGUCGGCGGAGAAGCCAGCAAAAUAUCACUUUGGGAUUUGACAACCGAAUCGAUCAAAUUGGAACUCGAUUCAGGAUCUCAAGCGUGUUAUGCGUUGGCUUUGUCGCCAGAUGAGAGAUUAUUAUUUGCUUGUUGUGCCGAUGGAAAUAUAUUGAUUUAUGAUAUUACGUCGCAAGAAAAAGUUGGAAGUUUGCCAGGACAUCAAGAUGGAGCAUCUUGUAUUGAUUUAUCGAAAAAUGGAACACGAUUAUGGAGUGGUGGAUUAGAUAAUUCUGUUAGAUCGUGGGAUUUGAGAGAACGAACACAAAUUUCGGUAAUUUCUUUUUGGAAACUUUGAAUUUUUUGAGAACCGCGGACAAUUUUAUCUGAAAUCACAAAGUUUUUUUUGUUAAAAAUUUCGAUUUCUUCGUUAUUCUCAUCAAAGUUUGACUCAGAACUCGGUCCAGUUCUUAGUUUAGAGAAAAAACAUGAUCUUGAUCCAAAAGAUCCUUAUCAUGUUUUAUUUAUAUGCCUAACCUUCUCUGGUUUUUCAGAAACACGACUUCACAUCUCAAAUCUUCAGUCUUGGCUGUUGUCCAACAGAUGAAUGGGUUGCUGUUGGAAUGGAAAAUAACAAUGUUGAAGUUCUAUCAACAAGUCGAAAAGAGAAAUUCCAAUUACAUCAACACGAAUCAUGUGUACUUUCUCUCAAGUUUGCACAUUCUGGAAAAUAUUUCAUCUCAACUGGAAAAGACAAUGCUUUGAAUGCGUGGCGAACUCCAUACGGCGCAUCACUUUUCCAAUUAAAAGAGUCAAGUUCAGUUCUUUCUUGCGAUAUUUCAUUCGAUGAUACUCUUAUUGUAACUGGUUCCGGUGAAAAGAAGGCCACACUUUAUCAAGUUGAAUAUCAUUCAUAA